AUGGAAAAUAUAUCAAUAACCGAUCUUGAUGUUAUUCAAUUAAAUGUCGGCGGAGAAUUAAUAAUGACUAGACGAUCUACGCUUACAAAGAUUACAAAUUCGACGCUAGCAAUUAUGUUCAAUGGUCGAUGGGAAAAUGAAUUAAGUCGCGAUAACAAUGGAAAUAUUUUUCUUGAUUUUAACCCGAUAUUAUUUCAACAUUUACUCGAACAAUUAAGAUUAGUUCACAACGAUAAGUCAGUUGUAUUUUAUUCACCUCCCUCAUCUUCCCUGAAAAUUCCCUUUGAAAAAAUGCUUCGAAAAUUAGGAUUACAUGCAAUGAAGAAAUCCAAAGAGGAUAUUAUUGAAUUGAAUGUUAGUGGAGAGAUCUUAACAACACGGCAGAAAAUCUACACACAAUUAUCGAAUUACACAACAGAUCUGUUCGUCGAUUCGAAUCCGCAAAUCUUUCGUCGAUUAGUAAAUCAAUUACGAGAAGAGCAUAUGAAUGAAACGAGCGAAGAAAUCGAAUUAGAAGAUAACUAUAAUGAUGGAAUUUGUGCAAAUGCAAGUUGGAACAUCAACGGUAUAACAGUUGCCGGUGGAAAUGGUCAAGGCUCAGGAUUACAUCAACUAGAUCAUCCAAUGGGAUUGUUUGUUGAUAAAAAUGGUUUUAUUUAUGUGGCUGACACACAUAACCAUCGUAUAGUUCGCUGGGCAGUCGGUGCUAAACGUGGUGAAAUCCUUGUUGAGUCCCAUGAUGAAACAAAUGUUAAAAAUUACGUUUCAAGUGUUGUAGUUGAUAGGAACAACACAAUUUAUGUAUGCAAUCGAGACGAAAACCGUAUCGAACGAUGGAUCAAGAAUGCUGAACGAGGAGAAACAAUUCUUUCCAAUAUAUCGUGUUGGGGUUUAGCUCUAGAUCACAAUGAUAGAUUAUACAUAUCCGGUCAUGAAGACAAUCGGAUUUUAACAUGGCCAAGCUUGCAAGUAUUGGCUGGUGGCAAUGGCGAAGGUGAUGAGGACAAUCAAUUAUCAAGUCCGUAUCAGAUCUUUGUCGACAAUAAACAAUCGAUUUAUAUAGCGGAUUAUUUCAAUCAUCGAAUUAUGAAAUGGUUCAAGAAUUCCAAAGAAGGGCUAGUUGUUGCUGGUGGAAGUGGUUAUGGUGAUGGUUUAGAUCAAUUGAAAUUACCUCAUUCCAUCGUUGUGGAUCAAAUGGGCACGAUGUAUAUUGUUGAUUUUGGUAAUGAUCGCAUUCUACGUUGGUUUAAACACUCGAAGAUCGGUGUCGUUAUCAUUGGACAUCAUGGAUCAGGAAACAAACCAACUCAAUUAUCUGAUCCAUAUGAUAUUGCAUUCGAUAGACAAGGAAAUCUAUACGUGGCAGAUACAUCCAAUCAUCGCAUACAAAAGUUUAGUAUUGAUAAAAGUUUAUGCGUAUGA